AAAAUAACCCGUUGCCGGCGUCCAAAAUCCGAAACAUUCCACGUUGACAUCAUCAGUGAGUCCAUCGGCCUCCACCAUCUGCGUCGGUUUCACUGCUUGCAUUUUUCUACUCAUUAAUUUGCGUAUUAUUUUUACAAAAUCAUCUCCCAGCAUCAACUACGUAAAAUGGAAACACCCGGUGUUCUGACAGCUGAAGUGAUCGAUGACUUCAGGAAGAAAUUCUUCAACAAUCAGAGAAAUAUUCAGGCGCAGAAUUCUUGCGUGAAAAAUGAUCCCGUGGAGAUGUGCGUCUCUCGACAGAAUCUCGAAAAAAGUAAUCAUGUGUUUCAACAUAAAGUUGCGGAGGUCAAACCCAUGACCAAUCAGAAAAAUUCAGGAAGAUGCUGGCUGUUCGCUGCUCUCAAUGUCAUAAGGAUCAAGUUCAUGAAGCAGUACAAUCUGGAGGAAUUCGAGUUCAGCCAGGCGUAUCUCUUCUUCUGGGAUAAGAUCGAGAGGAGCAACUUUUUCCUCCACAACAUAAUAAUAAUCGCAAAGAGAGGGGAGAAAAUCGAAGAUCGUAACGCAAGUUUUCUGCUAUAUGAACCGGUGCCAGACGGUGGACAAUGGGACAUGCUGAUAAAUCUGAUAAAUCGUUACGGCGUAGUUCCAAAGAGUAGUUUUCCAGAAUCCUGGACGAGCGAGUCCUCCUCCAGGAUGAAUUCCCUCCUGAACAGUAAACUGCGUGAAUACGCCAGAGUCCUGAAACAAAUGGUGGACCGUGGAUCAGCUGACGAGGACCUUGAGAAUAAAAUCAGAGAGCAGAUGGAGGUGAUAUUCCGAAUCGUUGGUAUCUGCCUGGGAGUACCCCAGGAGACCAUCACCUGGGAAUACUACGACAAAUCAAAAGUGUACAACUGCGUUGGACCGAUAACUCCUCUGGACUUCUACAAGAAAUACGUCAAGCCUUAUUACAAUGUCGAUGACAAAGUCUGUCUCGUCACAGAUCCAAGACCCUCCAAUGAGUUUGGAAAUCUUUAUCAGGUUGAGCUGCUGGGAAAUAUGGUGGGAGGACGAAGAACACUUUAUAAUAAUCAGCCACCAGAGCAGCUUAUGUCACUCGUUGUUGACAGUAUUAAGAGUGGAGAAGCUGUUUGGUUUGGCUCCGAAGUCUCCAAGAGAUUUGCAUCCAAGAAUGGUCUUCAGGAUCUCAAGGCUCAUGAUUUCAAUGCUGUUUUUGGUGUUGAUAUUCAGCUCGGACUCAGCAAGGCUGACAGGCUCAUCUACGGCGAGUCCGCCAUGACCCAUGCUAUGGCCUUCACUGCAGUUUCUACUGGCACCGAUGGAAAAGUGAAGAAACUCAGGGUAGAGAACUCCUGGGGUGAGGAACGUGGAGACAAAGGUUAUCAAAUACUCACAUCAGACUGGUUCAAUGAAUUUGUAUUUGAAGUUGUAGUGGACAAAAAGUUCGUACCGGACGAAGUUCUUGAUGUAUUUAAUCGAGAACCGAAACUCUUGCCAGCCUGGGAUCCCAUGGGAUGCCUAGCUCGUUCAUAAAUUUUUCUAUCGAUUCGUAAACAUUACAGACAUGAAUUUUUCGAUACUUAACAAUUUUAUUAUACCUAUACCCAUGUAAGAGAAACCAAAAUUUCUCACGAUUAAAAUUACGGAAUAAGAAAUAUCUUUGCUUUACAA